AUGACUUGUACAAAGAAAAUACAGAAAAAAAGCAAGAGUGACCAAAAAUUUACAGUUGAUGAGAAUGAUCUUCCCAAUUCAAUGAAGACUAUUGAUUGGCUUCCCAAUGAUUUGAUUGUGGAUAUAUUAGGUCAUGUUGCUGCUACAUCCCUUUCUGAUUUCUUCAACGCUAAACUAAGUUGGAAAUUGUUCAAUAGAUUAGCCAAAGACACUGAUGACUAUAUGCACAACAAACUAUCACUUGAUGAACUUUCUUGUCACCCAUUGGACCUGUAUUUGUGCAAGGAAGCAACUUCCCUCUUUAUGAAGUGCCUAAAGAAUCAAAAUUCAGAAGCUAUGUAUCGACAGGGUGUGGUACGCACAUAA